AGCCCCCCACCGGAUCACCUCAAUCUUCUCCUCGGUUCCCGGCUUUCCUCGGAGCCUCAGGAAGCGGCCGGAACCGGACUAACAGUAGAAGAGCGAGGGGCCUGUCAACCUCGAGAGCUGCCCUAGGGUCGGGUGUCCUGGCGCGGUGGAAAGCGUCUUUGAGGCCGCCGCCUGGCAGUCAACGCGAGGUUUUGUAGAGUCGUGUCCAGUAAGCUGGAACCGGAAUCGGCUAUGGUCAGGCCCCAGGAUCCGAAUCAGGGACACGGAUCUGAGACUUCUCUUGUCAGCCACCGGAUUAGAAUCCACUGGCAGGGUGUAGACUUUCCCAAGAGAUAAUAAAAAUGUUUCCAUUUUAUUGGCUAAAAUGUUUCCAUUUAGCCACAAGAGUCCACAGGUAAUAGUCCAGCAAGUGAUGAGCAGCUGUUAGUGAUUGUAGGAGGGAAGAGGCAACCUCCAUCGCAGCCGACUUCGCCCACACAGAGUUCUUGCUUGGGGCCGAAUGUCAUGUUGCCCAUUGUUCACUCCACUGCCCAGGAGGGAGGCAGGAACGUCGCUUGUGAGGCGAUUCCAUUUUCGGAAAGUGCUUUCUACUUAAAGAUACUGCUGUCCUGUACAGUUGACUGACUUUUCCACUUGAUGCAAUGCGUCUGUAAUUUUUUUUUUCCCCCCCAUGGAAUUGCUGGCCAUGUGUGAUCUAGGACUAAGUUCUCAUUCAGCAGUUUGGAUUUGUUUUAUAACCCUUCUUGCCAGAUCCGGGCCAGGGAGGUUUGGCAGACAAUGAACUUAAAAUUUAGGUAAAUCACCUCGGUUUUAUCAGCCUGGGUACUGCACAGACUGGUUCUGUAUCUUACACGGUUCUGUAUGAUGGGCACGGGGGACACCCCAGGCUGCAGCCAGAUGACAGAGCUUUGCGCUACAUGAAGAGGCUCUAUAAGACAUACGCUACCAAGGAGGGGACCCCUAAAUCCAACAGAAGCCACCUCUACAACACUGUUCGGCUCUUCACCCCCUGUGCUCAGCAAAAGCAGGCUCCUGGGGACCAGGCGACAGGAACCCUUCCAUCAGUGGACCUGCUGUUUAACCUGGACCGUGUUACUGUUGUGGAACAUUUAUUCAAGUCAGUCUUGCUAUAUACUUUCAACAACUCCAUUUCUUUUCCCUUUCCUGUUAAAUGUGUAUGCAACCUGGUGAUAAAAGAGCCAGAGUUUUCUAGCAAGACUCUCCCUAGAGCUCCAUACUCAUUUACCUUUAACUCACAGUUUGAAUUUAGAAAAAAAUACAAAUGGAUUGAGAUUGAUGUGACAGCUCCUCUUGAACCUCUGGUGGCCUCCCACAAGAGGAAUAUUCACAUGUCUGUAAAUUUUACAUGUGUGAAAGACCAGCUGCAGCAUCGUUCAGCACAGGACAGCCUGUUUAACAUGACUCUUCUCGUAGCGCCCUCACUGCUUUUAUAUCUGAACGACACAAGUGCUCAGGCUUUUCACAGGUGGCAUUCCCUCCACCCUAAAAAGAGGCCUUCACAGGGUCCUGACCAGAAGAGAGGGCUGUCUGCCUAUCCCAUGGGAGAAGAAGCUGCUGAGGGUGUAAGAUCGUCCCGUCACCGGAGAGACCAGGAGAGUGUCAGCUCUGAAUUGAAGAAGCCUCUGGUUCCAGCUUCAUUCAAUCUGAGUGAAUAUUUCAAACAGUUUCUUUUUCCCCAGAAUGAAUGUGAGCUCCAUGACUUUAGACUUAGCUUUAGUCAGCUGAAGUGGGAUAACUGGAUUGUGGCCCCACACAAAUACAACCCUAGAUACUGUAAAGGGGACUGUCCCAGGGCGGUCGGACAUCGGUAUGGCUCUCCGGUUCACACCAUGGUGCAGAACAUCAUCCAUGAGAAACUUGACUCCUCAGUGCCGAGACCAUCCUGUGUACCUGCCAAGUACAGUCCUUUGAGUGUUUUGGCCAUCGAGCCUGAUGGCUCAAUCGCUUAUAAAGAAUAUGAAGAUAUGAUAGCCACUAAGUGUACCUGUCGUUAACACAGACUCCUGUCAAGUAAAACCGUGAGUGUCCUGGCCAAUGUAAAUGCCGCACACCUGUCUAUGCCUUUGGGAGGAAGUUUCUUGUGUCAAAUAUCUGACUGUACUCCAGUGUGUUGUGUAAGGAGGAGCCUGUGUAGAUCAGCAUAUUCUGUGGCAUCUAUCAAUGUAAAGGGGUAACAGCUGCCUUCCUCAUGGCCAAAUGUUUAAAUGAAAUGUAUUUCUUUUGGAGAACUUUAAAUUUUUUCCCAAGUGAUUCUUUUUUCUUUUUGUAGGAGUUUUCUUUUUGGUGUAAGAAAAUAAAAAAACUUUAAUUAGCAUGAAUUUUGGGUGAAAUUUGCAGUUCUAGACAACUCAGAGUGCUAUAGUCUUACUUAAUGGAGGAAUAAAUUCCUGUGAGUGGCA